AUGCCUCUGUGUUGGCCUCUCGUCUGUCCUGGCCACACGUCUGCUUCACGAGACAUUGCGGCUCCACAGCAGUUCGCCAGAUCUCGCGAGACUCUAGCCGCAUUUACACCAGAGAUUGUUACUGCUGUCGAAAAUCACGAAAACAGCGGCGGUCAGUCCUUGGAAUCUGCCGUUCGUGAAUCCGCCGCGGCUGACGCGGAAGCCGCCAAAGCUCUAGCGGAAUAUGAAGAUGCGAAGAAGGCUCUCGAAGGAAAGAAGGUGGACGCGGAGGGAAUAAGCUCGGAAGCGUCUAGACUGCGCGGCCAGGCGGAAGAGUUGGCGUUCGAUCACGCCGUCAUAGCCACGGAAGUCGCGGAAUCAGCGGAGCGUGAGCGGAAAAGCACCGCGGACCUGAAGCGCGCGGAAGAGGCGGCGGAAAAAGCUGCGGCAUACGCGGCCGGAAAGCGGAAGGUAGCGGACGAAACUUCGGCCGCGGCGGGGGAAGCAGCACGGUUGGCGGAAGCAGCCGGGACGGCGGAGGCGCAGCUUGCGCUCGUGCAGGCAAACUCCACACGCGCGGAAGCAGUCCGAGCUGCGGAGGUGGCGGAAACGUUGGCAGUAGAAGCGAAGAAGUAUGCAGAGGAAGUGUGGGAAGCGUUCUCGCAUGAAGAAUCCGACAUGGAUAUUUCUAUGGUUGACCUGGUAUCGGAGGAGGCUUAUAUCGAGGAUUUAAAUGCCUCAGCAGCAGGUCUCGAGGAGGAAUAUCAGAAGAUGGUGACUGCAGUUACUCAACUCACGGAGCAGAAUAUUCUCAUUGGAGUGCAACAGUGUCGUAUCCAGAACUUGGAGGCUGAUUCUGUUAAGCUUCAGGCCUUGAUUGAGCAGCUGACCAGGGAGGUGCAGUUGAUCCCUAAGGAAAACGAUACCUCCAGCCUCAUUCAGGACCUGCACAACACUCUUCAGUUCGUGCAGGAUCAGCUCAAGAAGCAGGAGAAAAGCAUCUCUGUGCUUCAGACCCAGUACAGGGAGAUCCGGCGUGGAAACCUCUACCAGCCUGCUCCUGCAGCAGAGCGAGUCGCCAACGCCGCUAACAGCCGUGCUGCACCUGCUGAUGCACCUCCUGCUGUUCCUCCUCCUACUGGAGCACGUGCUGAGCCUCCUACUGCAGCAGCAACUGCCUUUGGCUCCUGCCCUUCGGCCCUGCCUCGUUUUGUCCAUGGCAAGACCGACGUCGAGACUUGGCUCUCCAUUGCGGAGGACUUUAUGUCCAUCCACAAUGUGCGUAGCGAGGCUCGUGUGGUCGCUGCAACCCUUGCCCUGGACGACACUGCGAGCAAGUUGGUGUAUGCCAACAAGCGCCACGCAGAGGCUAAUGGCCAUCCUUUUGGCUGGGAGGAGUUCAAAGCUGCCAUGCUGGCGGCAUUCCUGAGUCAGCCCCCGGCGCUCGAGGUGCGUAGCCGCCUGGAGAACAUCCAGUGCGGUGACCAGCCUGUACGCGAGUACGCCAAGGAGUUUGAGAAAACUCUGUCGCUGCUGAAGACUGCUCUUCCUGAGAGCGAGGUCAUCCACCAGUUCUUCAAGGGUCUCCCUGAGCACAUCAAGCGUGUGCAUGUUGUGCGCGGGGAGCACCAGUGGAGGACCUACAAGGAGUGCAAGGAGCAGGUCAUUGACACGGAUGUGAAUUUCCGUGCGUACAUGACUCACGCUCGUGCUCAGCAGCAGCCUAGUGCCGAAGGCCCUAGGGGGGGUGGUAACAGGACUCAGGCACACAGGGGCAGUGGCUCUUGGAAGAGGCCCUAUCAGCAGAAGGGGGAAUCCUCUGGGACUCAGUCCAAGAGGGCCCAUGCUGGGCCUGCCAAGGAUCCUCAGGAUGAGGAUAAGCCCCCGGCAGGCUGCCGCAUCUGUGGCAAGCUCGGGCACAAGUCCUAUCACUGCCGUUGGAGGAAGUCCGUCAAGAACUCCGGCAAGCCCAACCAGGGCAAGAAGCCGGAUGGUUCUGGCCCUUCGGGCCCGAAGGAUUUUCCGAAGUCCAACUAG